GCGCGUGUCGCGCGUGUCGCACGGUGCUGCAGCGUGAUGCCGUGGAGUGGAUGGAACAGCUGGGGCCGGAAGGAUUUCCGGAGAGGUCCUGUGUGGUGACUUCACUGCCAGACUGGUCUGAAUUGAAAAAAGGACAGAAAGUGUCUUUAAAGCAUUACCUGGAUUGGUUCCAGAAGGCAGUUCAAUUCAUCUUCCACUGCUGUCAGCAAGGCACUUUGGUCAUUUUUUUGCAGACUGACAUCAUGACUGGUGGCCAGUGGAUUGACAAAGCUGCCCUGAUUUGCAAAGAGGCCGAUGCAGCAGGCCAGAUCCUCUUGUGGCACAAGAUCACCUUUGAUCCCGACGCGGUGGAAAUGCCGCGCCGCGGUGCCAGUGCCGACUAUUCGCACCUCUUGUGCUUCAUCAAGCCGCGGCGCCACGGCCACGGGCGCCAGUGCGAUGGGCGCUCGGCCGGCUCGGCCUUUGACGCCAGGUGCAGCGUGCCGGAUUUGCUUCCGCGAGGUCGCAAAGUCUACGCCCAAGGUAUGGGAACUGAGGCCCUUUCUCGGAUACUUCGCUGGGUCGUGGCGCAAACAGAUGUCCAGGUGGUGAUUGAUCCCUUUUGCGGUCGCGGCACGGUACUGGCACUCGCGAACGAACUGGGCGUUGCAGCGCUGGGGGUUGACGUGGAUGCAGCAUGUGUCAAGGCGGCCGAAAGGCUUGACAUACUCAAACUGAGGGCAGCAGAUAGCAUGCACCCGGUGGCCUACUAUUUGCAACGGGCUGCGGAUGGGCGGGGAAAGAAAUCCAAGUCCGAGAUGUGUCAGAUGAAAGACACAACUUCGACAGAACUUCAGAUCAAAAAAACAGGUCAAUUUCUGAACAGUCUUGAGGCUUCUGAGGGAUUCUGAGGGAUUCUGAGGCUGUUUGAGGCUCCCUAGAAACUGCCAACAGGCCAUGCAACAGCAGGAUUCAUCAAGCUAUGGUGCCUGGCUGACAGAUCUGGUGUCAACGUUUUGGCCAGUUUGGUCAAGGGGCGAGAGAAGAGCUUCGAUGAGGAGAAUGGAUUCUGUGUUGCCAUGUUGGGUGGGGAAAUGAUGAACCACCGUGAAGACGACAUAGGCCACUGUAUAAACUAUAAAUCUAUAAACCACCAAAUGAUAAUCCACUAC